UAAGGAAUUAGACGAUAUAUUAAAACUCAAUUUUAAUCCCAUACAUGGUAUAAUCUCUCAUUUCCAUUUCUAGAUCUUCGCCAACAUCAUAGUGUGCAUUACUGAUAUUCUCUCGCAAGUCCUCAUGGAAACCAAAACUCAUCAACAGCUUCACAUUUUCUUCCUUCCAUAUAUGGUUCAAGGCCACACUUUACCCCUCCUAGACAUAGCCAAACUAUUUGCUUCACGUGGUGUUAAAUCCACCAUAAUAACCACCCCUGUCAAUGCACCACUCUUCUCCAACUCAAUCGAAACCAGCAAAAGUUUGGGUUUAGAAAUCGAACUUCUCGUAAUCAAGUUCCCAUCUACUGAAGUUGGGUUGCCUGAAGGAAUUGAAAGAACAAAGUUGGUAAAAACCCAAGAGACGAAGGAAAAGUUCUAUAAAGCGAUAACUGCCCUUCAAAAACAGGUAGAGCAGCUUUUAGACCAACAUCGUCCCCACUGUCUCGUUGCAAGCACAUUAUUUCAUUGGGCUACGGAUGUUGCUGCCAAGUUUGGAAUUCCGAGGCUCAUCUUUCAUGGACCUGGUUUCUUCCCCUUGUGUGCUGCAAUGAGUAUGACGUUGUACCAACCUCACAUGAAGGUUUCAUCUGAUUCAGAAUCUUUUGUUAUUCCUAAUCUCCCGCAUGAGAUCAAGACGACAAGAAACGAACUACCAACUUUUCUUACUCAAAAUGGUGAGACAGGACUCAACAAGAUGCUCGAAGUAUGUAGAAAGGCUGAAGAAAGGAGCUUCGGGAUUAUUAUUAAUAGCUUCUAUGAACUUGAACCAGAUUAUGCAGAUCACUAUAGGAAGGUAUUUAGGAGGAAGUCAUGGCAUAUCGGCCCAGUUUCUUUAUGCAACAAGGCAGAAAAGGAUAUAUCAGGAAGGGGAAGGGAAGGCUCGGUUGAUGAAGUUCAUGAGUGCUUGAACUGGCUUAAUUCUAAGAAACCGAAUUCGGUUGUUUACAUAUGCUUUGGAAGCCUUAGCAGUUUCAGUGAUUUUCAGCUCGUAGAAAUUGCUAUAGGUCUCGAGGCUUCUGGAAAACAGUUCAUUUGGGUUGUUAAGAAAGAAAAGAAUGAUGAAGAAGAGUGGUUGCCUGAAGGGUUUGAGCAGAGAAUGGAGGGAAAGGGACUUAUUAUAAGAGGUUGGGCUCCCCAACUACUGAUUCUUCAACAUGAAGCAGUUGGGGCCUUUCUCACUCAUUGUGGGUGGAACUCUAUCCUUGAAGGAGUGUCAGCCGGGGUGCCAAUGAUCACCUGGCCGGUGUUCGCUGACCAGUUUAACAAUGAGAAGUUGGUGACUCAGAUACUUAGGAUUGGAGUUGCUAUUGGUGCUCAAAAGUCGGAGGAUGGUAGUGUGAAGACCGAAGCCAGUGUGAAGAGUGAGGCUAUUAAGAAGGCUGUAACUGAAAUAAUGGAGGGUGAUGAAGCUGACGGAAUGAGAAGCAAAGCUUUUGCUCUUGGAGAGACGGCAAAGAGGGCAGUUGAGGAAGGUGGUUCGUCGUUUUCCGAUUUAACUGCUCUAAUUGAAGAGUUGAGGUCCCUUGGGUCUUGAAGAAGCACAAAUGGCAACAUUUUCUGCUCUAUGAAAAAAUUCCAUCUAUUACAAAUCUAAAUUGUUGGCGCACCUACAUGUAUCUUUAAACUUUCAAAUAAAUUGGAGAUCGAAGACGGAAUAUUUUUUCCUUA